UAUGAAAAGGGCAAGCUCCACGUCGGUGCUCAACAUAAUCAGCAAUAGUGAUGACAAGUUACAUGAAAGUCGGCGGUCAGUGGGAGACCUCAGCAUACAGAGCAGUGGGGACCUCAGUGUACGAGGAAGAACAGCUAGCACAGAUCAGUUGUCAAAGAGAUCUUUUUAG